CGCUGCACUGCACAACACACUACAAGCAGGCUCUCAAAUGCGUGUACCGGGUGCUAGUCUGUGCAAUGAUCAUGGAUGCUAUACGCUAGUUAGCUAGCCCGGCAGCUCGGCGGAGAUCAAGACGGAGAUCCCGGCGAUUUCUGUAGAUGAUAACCACAUCCGGCAUGAAGGAGAUAAGGCUGGAAGAUUUUCACUAGCUGGGAAAACAGAGGCACAGCAUCAGGAUGAGGAAGAAGAAAUCUAAGACCAGGCUGGACUCGGCCGCCAGCAGCAGCAGCAGUAGGUACCAGCACCUCCAUCAGGGUGUGAGGAAUCCUGCCAAGAAGGUUGUCAUCAAGAAAUACGAAGAGACGCCAAACCGAUACCGGUCGAAGAUCGAUCCCGUCAACCUGGAGGAGCAAAAGAUGCAGUUCUUGAAGCAUGGACAAAUUCCUCACUUCCAGUUCAAGGUGGCACCGGAGAAGAUCGAGGAGAUGUCACACAGCAAGAAAGCCGAGAUUGAGUUCACGCUGCUGCAGGAAGCUACCUGGAUCCUGGAGAAAGUCCAUCAGAAGUACGGCCCAGGCGACCUGUGCGUAGAACAGAUGUACGGCGAGAGGAUCACUGCUGAGAUGGCGAGCAAGAAGCUCAGUCGAUACCUGAAGCAGGAUGGGUUUGACAAUCAGAUCACCAUCGGUUGGACCAAAGAUCUAGCCUGCAGUGCUAAGAUGGCUUGGUACGGCCCCAACGCCAAAGCCAACAGGCCGGAAGCAAGAAAGUACUCUCUCUGGCUCAAAGACUCCACUGAAAACCUCUUCCUGAGGGAGAUAGGCAUCAUCUGCCUGGCUGAUCACGAAAUUGGAACUCACUUUCUGAGGACAGUGAACGAUGGGAUCCAGCCCUGGUUCUCAAACCGAGAACAGUUUGGACUGAAGAAGAUCGGCUCCCAUCUACUCUUAGAGACCGAAGAAGGCCUGGCAACCAUCAACACUCUGGUCCAAGCAAGCAAAAAGUUCCUCUGGUUUCCAGCUCUCCUAUACUACACUGCUUGUAAGGCUGCUACGAUGACCUUUGAAGAACUGUUCGCUCACCUGGGCCAUUACAUUGAGAAUCGGGAACUUAGAUGGCGCUAUGUGAUGCGGGUCAAACGUAGUCUCCCAGACCCUGCAGGAGUAGGGGGAUAUGGAAAUGACCAAUGCUACUUUAAAGGUGCAGCAGACAUUCUGCGGAACCUGGACAACAUUGACUUCCAUCUCCUGUAUGCAGGAAAGGUGUGUGUGGAAUCCUUACCUAGGAUCCAGAGGAUGGCACGAAUGGACUGUAUCAGGAUUCCUCACUUCAUGCAGGACAUGGGUUCUUACCUGAGAAUCCUCAGGACAAUUGCUGCCACCAACGGACUUAACCUACAUCAGAAACCGUCUGUCAUUUCUAAGGAGAUUGGCCUUCGACGCAAGCCGAAGAAAUCCAAGUCAGGUGGGGGCAAGAAGCGCAGGAGUUCGUCCAAGGCGAAAGUUGACAAGACCCUAAAGAAGCAGAUGUCUUCUAGUGAUGACAACCUCACAGAGAGAAGUGAUAUUCUUGAUUGCGAUGAACAGGUGGAUAUCAUCUUCCAGCGGACCUAUGACCAGUCAGCAAUGCCGAAGUUAUCGCCUUCCCGUGAGGCAAUUCAUGAUCAGGGUACGAGUCAUGUUACAGGGUCGGAGAACACAUCCCCUCGGGAGACCAAAGAGGCAUGGGCCAGAAGGUUCCUCUCCAAGUCUUACAUCUACACCUGCGAUGCUCAGGAAUCCUCUGAGCAAAGUGACCUCUCUGCGUCGUAUCGAGAGAAUGAACCUCGAUUGUCUCCUGGGGGUCGUUGUCAAUCCCAGCCCACCAUCAUGAACAUUUACGAAGACUGUCAACGCACCCCCCAAAGUCAGUCUCAAGUUACAAACCAUCGCAGUUUUACCCGGUUAUCCCCUCUGAAUGGCAUCUCAUCCAAACACGCUGGUCUGAAUCGCAACUCCACAUCCCAGACUAAAGUGAAAAGGACCGAUAGACCAGUGUCCUCUCUCCUAGCUGGCAUGCCCAAUGUGAUGCCUACUGUAAGCUCGAAAUAUAGAAGAGAGAAGUGUGCCUCACCAGUCCCCUUUUCUUCUCAUCGUUGGCUUCUGUUGAGGAGAAACAAAUGUCCUCCCAAUUCGAUUCACUAACUUUUACUUAGAAUGCAAUAUUAGAUUUCUAUUCAAGAAAUAUACAUUUUCUCCAUAAAUAUGUGAAAGAUGCAGUGAAAUGAUCGUGUGUCUUCUUAAAUGAAGACAUGAUAUUAUAACACAAUUAAAACAUUAUCUCAGGCCUGUGUUGUCCUUGCACAACAGUCCAACAAAAAUUGUUGGUUUAAAGUUG